AUGAUUGCUCUUCGUCGAACUGGGCUUUUGCCGCACAGGCCUGGCCAACCCAGCACCAGUGGGAAAUUGACCACCAACGAUGCACUAUCCUAUCUGCGCGACGUCAAGGUCAAGUUCCAGGACAACAAGGAAAUAUACGAUGAAUUCCUGGAGAUCAUGAAAGAGUUCAAGGCGCAAAGGAUAAACACUGAGGGGGUUAUCAGGCGCGUCAAAACGCUCUUCAAAGGCCACAGGGAGCUCAUUCUGGGUUUCAACACCUUCCUUCCUCAGGGCUAUGAAAUCACCAUGGACGAGGUCGAUGAGGAAGAGAGGGGUGCGCAGGCGCAAGCGCCGAAGGCGGCAGUCGAAUUCGAUCAAGCCAUCAAUUAUGUCAACAAAAUCAAGACCCGCUUCGCCAACGACGAGCGUGUUUACAAGGCCUUCCUGGAGAUCCUCAAUCUGUACAGGAAGGGCCAGAAGACGAUCGGGAACGUCUACGAAGAGGUGGCGCUGCUCUUCCGCCAGCACCAUGAUCUACUGGAGGAGUUCACCUACUUCCUGCCAGACGCCCAGGCCCCUGCACAGGCAUGCAGUCACAUAUCAGGCCGCAAGGGGCUUCAACAAGAGAUUAAUGACGACGAUGACCGGCGGGGCACUGUGCGCUCCAACCUGGCCAAGGAGCUCAGCUUCUUCGAGAAGGUCAAGACUCGGCUGCGCAACCGGGAGCAGUACCAGGACUUCCUCAAGUGCCUGAACCUGUUUGCGCAAGAGAUUGUGGCCAAGCCAGAGCUGCAGAUCAUGGUGCAGGACAUCCUCGGCCGCUACCCAGACCUCCUGAUGUCCUUCAACGACUUCCUACACCGCUGCGAGAUGCUGGACUUUGACUUCGACCCCAAGAUGGUGUCGCAGGGCCGCAUGCACACGCGCGACAUCGCCAGGCUGAAGGUGUGCCCCAUCAGGCACCAUCCUUCCUUGCCCAUCUCAGAGCUGGAUGUGAGCGGCUGGGAGAGGUGUACCACGUCCUACGUGCGGCUUCCGCCCGACUACCCGAAGCUGCAGUGCAGCCACCGCACGCCGCUCGCCCUGUCACUUGUCAACGACAUCUGGGUCUCUGUCACCUCUGGCUCCGAAGACUACUCCUUCAAGCACAUGCGCAAGAACCAGUAUGAGGAGGCGCUGUUCCGCUGCGAGGACGACCGGUUCGAGCUGGACAUGGUGAUCGAGAGCAAUGCCAGCGCCGUGCGCGCCAUAACUCCCUUGGUGCAGCAGCUGUCCGAGCUGCCCCCAGAUGAGAAGGCCACCUGGCGCCCGCCCCCCAACUCCCUCACCCCCAUCCACUACCGCGCCAUCCAGAAGAUCUAUGGCGAGCAGGGCCCGACAGUGGUGGACCUGGUGAGGAAGAACCCGGCUGUGGCACUCGGCGUUGUGCUGCCCCGCCUGCUGCAGAAGGACGAGGAGUGGCGCAAGACCAAGGCGACCAUGGCCAAGCUGUGGCAGAAGGUGUACGAGGCCAACUACCACAAGUCCCUCGACCACCGCUCCUUCUACUUCAAGCAGACGGACAAGAAGUACCUGGGGGCCAAGGCAAUGGUUCAGGAGAUCAAGGACAUCGUUGAGCGCCGCCGCGCCGCCGAUUCAUCGCUCUCCGCCGUGUCUUCCUCCGCGCCCUUCGCCUCGCGCCUCACCCCAGACCUCACCUACAACUACAAGGACCGGAAGGUGCACGAGGACGCGUACAAGAUCAUUAAGUACGCGCUGGACGAGAUCCUGUCGGUUGAGCUGGCUGAGCGCGCGUUUGACUUCUGGACCACAUUUGUGGAGGCCUUCUUUGGGCUGCCCAGCCGCAGCGCCCAGGAAGGGAACGCCGUCAUCGCCGGGCGCUCCCAGCAGGCCGACUCCCUGCGGCCCCUCAAUCGCAAGCCCUCCAUGCGCAUGGCUGCCCUGUCUGGUGCGCCAUCUGCUAUUAUCUCCUCAUGCGCGCAGGUCACGCCGAUGGUGUCGGGCGAGGGGGACGCGGGCUCGGACGGGGGAACUGAGGAGGCGGAGCGCGAGAGGGAAUACGUGGGCUGCAAGCCGCUCGCGCCGGCCGAGGCGACGCGUGCGGCCGAAGCCGCGGAGGCCGGCAGUGCGCCGCGCAUCGGCCGCAUCUUCUACGGCAACGACACCUUUUACAUCUUCUUCCGCCUCCACCAGCUCCUCUACGACCGGCUGCGGCGGGCGGUGCGGUGCGCGGCGUGCAUAGACCAGCCGGGCAGCUUCAACCCGGACCUGGCCGCGGACGUGCCGCUGCCGGAGCUGGACGACAAGGGGCAGAAGGCGCACGGCCAGUUCAUGACCUACGUCUUCGACCUCAUCGACGGAACGCGCGACUCAUCCCAGUACGAGGACGACGUCCGCGCCCUGCUCGGCACGAACAGCUACGUGCUGUUUACGCUGGACAAGCUCAUCUACAAGCUGGUCAAGCAGUUCCAGGCCAUCAUGGCAGACGAGCUGGGACAGAAGCUGCUGGAUCUGUACAAGUACGAGAGCACGCGCGCACCGGGCCACUUCAGUGACGCGGUCUACAACGCAAAUGCGCACGUGCUUCUGCACGAUGACUCGUGCUUCCGCUUUGAGUCGCGCGGCGACGAUGGCACGCUCACCAUCCAGAUGCUGGAUCCCGACCGCACCGAAGUCGCACCAGGGGUGUUGGAAGCGGGAUUUGCAGAGUACCUGAAGGGCUUCACAGACGGCCCAGCACCGACAGAGCUGUUGGAUCGCGAGGGAGUCCCCAGGCGACAGCCCUUCCUCAAACGCUCCCUCCCUGCAGAGGCUGGGGAGGAGACGGAUGAGGCGCCAGAGGCACUCGGGAACGGCCCCGAGCCGGAGGUCAACAAUGGCCUCGAGUGCAAGCUCUCCUGCACCACCUCCAAGGUGUCGUACGUGCUGGACACGGAGGACGUUUUCCGGCGGCCGCGCAAGGCCGGGGCGGAGCCGGGCGGCGUGCACAAUGGCGAGGCGCGCGCGCGCAGGUUUGAGGAGUGGCUCUCGCAGCGGCAGCAGCAGAUCCUGCAUCAGCAGGCGGCUUCUCAGGCGGCUGCUGUGCAGCGCAACCCCAUGGCCCCCAUCCUGGAGGCCACCGCCGCCUGA